CUGUUUACAGUUUCCCUUAGAUUGGCUCUGAAGUGACAAGAACAGUGGAUAUUUUCGAAGGGUUUCACAAACAAAAGUCAUGACAAAAUUGACAAAAAGCGCAAGCGGCACCAUCAAAAUUGGCCGGUGGUACUGAUGUAACAGUAUUUUCCAGUCAGGUGGCCCUAGCCUUGUACACUGCAGCAGUAUCAACACCUGCUCCAAGGACAGCCCAUUGAUUCUGCCAGCGAGGCAGACAGACAGAGAGAUUGAUGACCGUGUUGGCAAGUGGCAGUCGGGAGAGAAAUUGACAUGUAAGUGGUAGAGAGUGAGGGAGAGAUGGUGGGGAGGAGGGGGAGAACGGUGGAUGCGAGCAGAGGCGAUGUGUGUGGUGUGUCCUCGUGACAGCUCAGCAGCUACACCACAUGUCUGCCUGGGAAGGAAAAGGGGAAGCCUCUCCUCCUUUCAAAACAGCCCUACAGUGGCCGCCUGAUGCUGUUGCCAUGGCGUUGCAGUGUUCUGGUAAUUGGCCUACAAACACUUACUCACAGGCAGAGAGAGAAAAACGUGGGUUGUUGUCACCUAAAUUGGGAAAGGAUGCAAUUAUCUCCCAUCUCUCCUUCUUAUUUUUUCUUUUUCUCUCUUCUCUGACCGUCUUCCCCACUCUCUGGUUGUCUCUCAGUUGUUAAAAACAGCCCUCCACAGACACCCUGACAGCAUCUAAUAAUAAUAUUAUUAUGGGAUGCGGAUAAUGAACAGGCAUAUGAGUUCUCCACAAUGGGGGAUGUCAGGAGACAACAGAAGACUCAAAAGAGGGAGAGGAUGAUUAGAGCGAUAAUGGCGAUAAAAAUACAGUCGAUGUGCAUUCACAUUCCUGAAAACGUGCCCCAUCCCCUCUAUCCACCCUCAUUGUUUUACUGUAGAGGGAAGGCAUAGCUGUACGGCUCCAUGACAUUCCUUCACAAUGGCUGACAAAAAUGCCUUAAGAGGGAAUUACAGGAUCUGGGAAUGGAAAAGGAUGGGAUUUCUGUGCAAGAGAAAAGAGCAAAUCUUACACCUGAAAUCUAAGUCUGGAUAUUAUAUGUCAGUCACUCAAACCUCCCUUCAAAACCUGGUUCAUACACCAAUGCCAAGCCAUAAUUAGGGCUCCCCCCUUCUCCCCACUUUCUGUCAAAUCAUGUGUUCUGAAUAGAGCGUGUUGCUGGGGCUGGCAGACUACAGCAGGGGAAAGGAGACAGAAGAGGAAGGAGGGAGGGAACCAAAGAGAUAGAAAGAGAGAGAGCAAAGCAGGGUAGGAGGGGGAGUAAGCGCUACAGCAGUGAGAGCAGCGAAGCAAGACAAAUCCAGUGGAGGAACCCCCCCUCCAGUCAGAUGAACAUCGCUGCCUCAAUCCCUCCUCCUCCUGUCUCCAUCGUUGUCAUUUUCUCCUCCUCCCUUCCUCGCUCCUCCAUAAUUCAUCAGUGCACUGAGAAUUCCCAGCUCACAGCUCCAGCUGCUGCUGCUCCUGCUCCAGUCGUACCACUGAGCCUGCUGGAUCUCCGUCUCACCUAGCUUGUUUACAGCACCUACUUUUUCCUACAUCUAUCUAUUCAUCUAUCAAUCCCCCAGGCAUGGAGACUCAGAGCUGGCCCUUUUCUGCUGCUGAGAGGGACAGUGAGCCAUCAUCAAGCUGCUCUCUUAGCUGCUGAAAAGAAAAUCACAAGAGGAGAGAAGGAGGGAUUUUUUGUCCUGUUUGGCGCUGAAAGAGUCCUGUUCGUCUGCCUCUGUUUUUUUCUAUUGGAUUACAGUUCUGGCUUUGUGUAGGAACGAGAAAACGGGGUCCAAAAUGCCUGAAGCCAAUUACCUGCUGUCGGUGUCUUGGGGUUACAUUAAGUUCAAGAGAAUGUUGAAUCGGGAGUUGACGCACCUAUCUGAGAUGAGUCGGUCUGGCAAUCAGGUUUCCGAAUUCAUCUCUAACACCUUCCUAGACAAACAGAAUGAGAUGGAGAUGCCGUCACCGACGUCCAAGACGCGAGAGAAGAAGAAGCAGCAGAAGCAGCAGCUGAUGACACAGAUCAGCGGAGUCAAGAAGGUCUCCCAUGGGCCCUCUCUCUCCGGCAGCAGCAUAUCACGCUUCGGCGUCAAGACAGAUAAGGAGGAGCUGCUGUCCAAGGAGCUGGAGGACCUCAACAAGUGGGGCCUGAACAUCUUUACUGUUUCGGAGUACUCCCACAGCAGGCCUCUUACCUGCAUCAUGUACGCCAUCUUCCAGGAGCGAGAUCUGUUAAAGACAUUUAAGAUCCCCGUGGAUACGUUGGUGGCCUACAUGAUGACAUUGGAAGACCACUACCAUUCAGAUGUGGCCUACCAUAACAGCCUGCACGCUGCCGACGUAGCCCAAUCUACACACAUCCUCCUCUCCACUCCAGCCCUGGAUGCGGUCUUUACAGAUCUUGAGAUCCUAGCAGCCAUCUUUGCUGCAGCUAUCCAUGAUGUUGACCAUCCUGGAGUAUCAAACCAAUUCUUAAUCAAUACCAACUCUGAGCUGGCGCUAAUGUACAACGAUGAGUCUGUGCUGGAGAACCAUCACUUGGCUGUGGGAUUCAAGCUACUACAGGAAGACAACUGCGAUAUCUUCCAGAACCUCACCAAGAAGCAGCGACAGUCCCUCCGCAAGAUGAUCAUCGACAUGGUUUUGGCCACUGACAUGUCCAAACAUAUGAGUCUGCUGGCUGAUCUGAAGACUAUGGUGGAGACCAAGAAGGUGACGAGCUCUGGAGUGCUGCUGCUGGACAAUUACACCGACAGGAUGCAGGUGCUGCGUAACAUGGUGCACUGUGCUGACCUGAGUAAUCCCACCAAGUCCCUGGAGCUGUAUCGUCAGUGGACUGAUCGGAUAAUGGAGGAGUUCUUCCACCAAGGAGACAGAGAGAGGGAGAGGGGAAUGGAGAUCAGCCCUAUGUGUGAUAAACACACAGCCUCGGUGGAGAAGAGCCAGGUGGGUUUCAUCGACUACAUUGUCCACCCUCUGUGGGAGACCUGGGCCGACCUGGUCCACCCUGACGCCCAGGACAUUCUGGACACCCUGGAGGACAACAGGAACUGGUACCAAAGCAUGAUCCCCCAGAGUCCCUCCCCGCCCUUCUACGACCAGGUCACGCACGGACACAGUGGAGGGACUGGAGGUCAGGGAGGCGGGGAGAAAUUUCAGUUUGAGCUCACUUUGGAGGAGGAGGACUUGGAUGGAAUAGAGAAAAAUGGCGAAGGGGAGGAGGACGAGGAGGAAGAAGAAGAGUUAGAAGAGGAGGAGGAUAGUCUAGGAGAUUCUCGUUCUCCUCCCCUGGACUAUUUGGACGGUCAGGAGCUUGAGGAGGGCGGCAUGAUGGAGCCGACAAUAGAGAUCGUGACACACGAGGCGUCGCCCACAGACACAUAGGGCUUCCAUCAUCAGGCUCACAUGGUGAUUUGAAAGUUUUUUUGGGCAAAAGAGGGGAGAUCCUCUUGCAGCUGUGCUUUUUAAUAAGCCCACAGAAGCAAGGGCUUAGUUUGGUCCCGCACAGGGGCGUCUUGCACUUGGGUGUUUGAAGCCAGACACGGACGGACAGUUUCAGUGAGGCGGCUUCAGAGUUCUCAGGAAAUAAUUACUGCGAACAUUUAAGUCUUGAUGGACAGGCGAGACUGAGGGUGGAACAUGAAGGAUUUUGGCCAGUUUUGAAAAUACUUACUUUUCUUUUCUGGACUGGCAUUAAAUGGACAUUGACACUACUGAGAGAAGUUUUGUACCUUAAGACUUUUUUACAGAUAUGAUAUGAUCUAGAAGUAGCAUAGAGUAAGAUCUACUGAUGGAGACACAUUUGUAUAGCAAGAGAAAGUGUUUACUUUUUUCCUGUACCAUUUGUCAAAGGACUUUUGUGUGCCUUUUUUACUAUUGUCUUUAUAAUAGUUUUUUAUUUAUUGAACACACUAGUAUGUCUGUGAAAUGUUUUUUUUCCUAUCUGAAAGAGCAAAAUCUUUUUUUAUAUGUUAAAAAGAGAACAGUCUUCCAUGUAUUGGGCAAUAGAGAAAUCCAAACAAAUGUCGACAAACAACUCUUGGACAAACUCAUCUGAAUAGGGAACCAUUAACACCCACAUUUUACGAACAUUUUGUCACAUUUGUUUUUCAAUCUGAGCACAAUGUUUUACAUGUGGAAUUCAGACGCUUAUGGUUCACUCAUGGUUCAUGUUACAUGUUUAGUUUGUUGCUUUCUCUAUCAGAUGUCGGUCAAUGAAUGUCACAGUCACACUUAAAUACAUAAUCUAUUUUCAUACUCCAUCUCUCUAUACAUCAUAUUUUCUCUGGUCUGCAGACCAUUGGGGGCUUCCUACCUUGUCACAACAGAACUUUACUUGUAAUGCAAAAUCUCAGCAAGGAUAUGAAAUCCUACAUUUACAACUAUAUGGUAGAUAUUCCAGAUAUUCAGAUGUUCCUGCUAAAUUUUCAGUGUAAAUUUAUUGGGACAUUUCAUAUGUACGAUUUUGUCUUUUUGUUUUUGCAUCCAAUCGUUGCUGUGUUGGUGUGAAAAAGAGGUUAGUCCAGUUCAAACCUUCAAAACCUACACAAAUCUACCACAAGGUGAAAUCAGCAGAAAUACAAACAGCUCAUGACAACAAGCUGCUUAGAUCUAUACUAAAAUCAGAAAUGAAGUCUGCCAAGGACGAAAUGCACAACAGCAGUGAAUCUAUUUUUAGCCCACAGGUAUGCUGCAGUCUUAAUAAUCCUGUUAGAUAGAACGGGUCCUGACCCCAGACCUGUCUGAUGUAACGCCCCCCUGCCCCUCUGCAAUCAGGCCAGACCAGAUGAUUAAAGGUGCUCUUACAGCUGCCUGUCUGAAAGGCGCUCUCAGGCCCUCAUCAGCGUCACUAUUCACAUGGUUUACAAACCCCUCUGGGCUCCACGGACAUGACCCCAAAACAAUCAGGCUAUUUCUUCCUCACAAUAAAAAUCCCUCAAGUGCAGCGGCUGCUCAUUGACGUCAAUUGAUUUUUUUUUAACUCUCCCCCUUGGCUGUAUCAGGUUUCCAGGACAGUCGGGUUAUUGGGAUUUGGCACAGAUGGAAUUGCUGGAUUCAGUAUGGCAGACUAUGCCGGAAAAAAAAUCAGAAAAGAGAUGAUAAUUAGGUGCUCUAGUUUUGAAACAGACCAAAAAAAACGCCUCUUUGUGUUUCUGAAAAUGGUUUGCAGUCCUCACAUUUCUGCUCCUGUGGCUUCCACGACAGAUUUUAUGGAUGUUCUAGUUGCAUCUAUAAUCACAUCUCCCCAUUUUCACAUUGGUUUACUGAUAUACUCAAAAGGUACUUCAUCUAAUUUCACUCCAGCAUGCUUAAGUGGCAAUCGUUUGUGUGCAGCAUGUAUGUAUGUAUGUAUGUAUGUAUGGAAGGUUUUGUAUGUGUGUGUGUGUUUGGAUGUGUUGACUUUGUCAUCAGGCCUUAUCCCAUCACUCCAUACCUUUGUCUCUACUGUUUGUCGCUAGGAGCUCAAGUUGGUCCUUUUUGCUGUUUAUAACAGUGUGUAUUUAUUCUAUACUUUAAGCUUGUAAAUAAGAAAUACUGGUUCAGUGUAAAAUCUAUUUUAAUUUAUAUGCACUUGCAUUACCUGGAAGUGGUGGUGUCUAAUGUGUAGAAGACUCUGGAUUAGAGUCUUUUUAUAUAUGUAUUAUAUAUUGUUUUUUUAUAUAUAUAUAUAUAUAAAUAUAUAUAAAUAUAUCUAAGUAUAUAUUCGCACAAUGUUUUGAGAGCCCAGCAGAGCAGCAGCUAAAGAGACAUGUUGUUGUCACAUGAGAACCUUGUAACUACAACAUUGACUUUUACUUUUCACAUAAAAGUUAAUCUUUUAAUGAAAUGUCACAGACAAGACAAUUAAAUACUUUAUAUUAAGCUUAUUAUGCAUGAAUAUUAAACCAAAAAUGUUCCCACUCUGGCAUCACCUGAAAUCAUAAUAUCAUGGUAUGUUUUUGUAUUUCUGAAAAUUCUUGUUUCUCUCUCUGUAAAAUGUAAACUUAGUUACAUUUCUUAAAAAAUAGCCAGAAUGUUAUAGAGGACUUUGAAUGUCCUCAUUUAAUUUCUUAGAUGCUUUUUGUUUUUGAUGGAAAACAAUUUUGGUUCAAUGGAGUUUUUGAAGCUACAAGGUUUUCAUCUGACAGCAGCAAAUUGGUAACCCAGAGGCGACAUAGAGGACAUGUUAAACUACAUGUGCUUGGAUAUAGGAUACAUACAAGCUAGCUAAGGAACACAGAAGCCUAGUCAAUGCUUGGUAUCAAAGUACACAAAUAGCUUAUUUUCUCUCAGCAGCUUGUCACACACAACCUAAGCUCCAGCAUUUGAAUGCAGAUUGCUGAUAUAUGAGGCCAGAUACAUACAUGUUUGAUGGACAAACACAAAGCGAUUGUCUCCUUUUACACUUAACGCACUUCAUGUAAAAGUAGAUAACACGGGGACGGUAUUGGUAGCAUGCUACAAUACGCCCGGCACUGACGUGAAUCGUUCUGAAAUAACAACAAAACAUGAUCGUAUGUAACUGAUUGUGCUAAUGUGUGAACUCUUUCUGACCAAACUUGUUAGCAGUUUUGAAAUUCAAAUUUGUCAGUAUUAACAUUGUUUAUCUAUGUUCAAGCUUUUUUGGUCCUAGUUGUUUCAAAAUGGUUAGCCAGAUUUAGCACUAUCUGCAUGAGAGAUGGGUUGUUUUUUUUAAAUUGUCAAUAAUAUGUUCAAGUCCGCCAGUUGUUGCAGGUGGGUUAUUAAAUGUUUCACACAAUGUAUGGUAUUAUAUUGUAUAUUGUGUUCAAGAAUAAAUCUGAAAUACAUUUUUUAUUAAGUGAUUAAAAGCAAAGCAUGAAUAUA